CCACAACCUGACUAUUUUCUUCUCAUAAUGGCUUCAAAAGCAGCGGCAGCCGCGGUGGACUUCACCCGUAUCUACUCUUCGCUCGGGCUCUCCAAGGAGACCGUCGCGGCUCUCCAAGCCUUCCGCAAGCGACACGGGGAUGCCCAGCGCAUUCAGACGCAAUAUGCCUCCCAGCCGACGACGGUCGACCUCGCACAUUACCGCUCUGUGCUCAAGAACAAGGCAGUCGUAGACGAGGCGGAGAAGAUCCUCCGGGACUUCAAGCCCGUCACGUACGACGUGAACGCCCAGAUUAAGGCGAUCGAGACAUUUGAGGCGAAGGCGGUGGUCAAGGCAAAGGAGACAACGGAGAAGAUUGACAUCGAGUUGAAGGACCUCCAGGCGACCCUCGCCAAUAUUGAGGAUGCUCGUCCAUUCGAGGACCUCACUGCGGAGGAGGUUGGCAACGCCCACCCGCGCAUUGUCGAGGCCGUCGAGAACAUGAUCAAGAAGGGCAAGUGGACAGUGCCAGGUUACAAGGAGAAGUUUGGCGAUCUUUCUCUCAUGUAAUCCGUCUAUUUCAGGACAUUGCAAUAGAAGGUGGACGUGUGUGACGCUCCUUGUAAUCGUCUCAUUGUUGCAUGAGCUGACAGCUUAAUAUGAGCAUUGCUUUGAA